AUGGAUCUUUCUGGUCAUGAAGGAGAGAUCCUUAGUCCAAUAACAAGCAAGUUUUCUGGUGCUCAUAGUCACAGCCGCCCUAGUGAUAGUCCUCCCCCUGGCCCUCCUCUCCCUCCUUUCUCCACUACCCCCACAGAGGAGCAGCAGCCAACCAAAGGAGGGGCUGUGGUGAGGUAUAGGGAAUGCCUCAAGAACCAUGCAGCCUCCAUUGGUGGAAAUGCCACCGAUGGGUGUGGUGAGUUCAUGGCCAGUGGUGAGGAGGGCACCCUGGAGGCCCUCAGGUGCUCAGCCUGCAGCUGCCACAGGAACUUCCACAGAAAAGAGAUUGAAGGCGAGUGCCACCACCAUCACCUCAAAGACAGAAAAUUUGUGGACCACAAGGGUGUCCUCAUCUCAGGGGCUGAGGCCUUUGGCUGCUACUACAACAACCCAGCAAGCCACAGCCUGAUACCAAGUCCAUUGCCGCACCAAAUGGUGAUGCCUUUGGGUGCUCUCCAGGCCCCAGAGACAGAUCAGAUGGAGGCAGUGGGAAGGGAAAGAGCACCUCACAUGGUGAGGAAGAGGUUCAGGACCAAAUUCACUCCAGAACAGAAGGAGAAGAUGCUGAACUUUGCUGAUAGGAUUGGAUGGAGGCUCCAGAGGCAGGAGGAGAGCAUGGUGCAGCAGUUCUGCCAGGAGAUUGGGGUGAAGAGAAGAGUUCUCAAAGUUUGGAUGCACAACAACAAGCAUAGCUUGGCAAAGAAAGAGCUGCCCCCAACUUGAGUGAACACUGAUUCCAGUCCCACCUUUCUCUCUUGAGUCAAAAAGAAUUUUAUCUCUGCCAUUGGUGGGAUUGGAUGGGAGGCAUAUGACAGAUAUUGUUCAUUGUGUUAGCUUUGGUGCAUGUUCCUCAGUAAGCCUGAGACAUGGGUAUAUGAGUGCUUUAGGCAUGCUUUCCCCCCAAUGGACUCUGGAUUUAAAGAAGGGAGUACAGCUCUCCAACUGGUUCUUUAUUUGCAUGUUGUGGUGAUGCUCUUUCAAAUUCUAUUGAAGGUUAGGCUUUAAUUUCAUUUAAGUUUUGUUAGUUCUUAUUCUCCUAAUGUUUCUUUACUGGA